AUGUCGAAGAAGUACUCUGCAGCUGACGUCGCGAAGCAUAACAAGAUGGAGGACCUCUGGACCAUCUACAAGGGCAAGGUGUAUGACAUCACCAGCUUCGUGGAUGAACACCCCGGAGGCGACGUGCUGCUGCAAGGUGCCGGGAUCGACUCAACCGAGCUGUUCGACGACGUGGGCCACUCCGACGAGGCCACGGGCAUGCUCAAGCAGUACUAUAUCGGCGAGCUAAGCGACUAG